AUGUCAUUGUUUGGUUUACCAGGCACCCGCAUGUUUUGGAACAAAGCCUGCAGAGUAUCCCAAGUAGCUGACACCAUGACACUGAAUAGAUGGGAGGCCAUCAAAAAACACCUGCACUUCAAUAACAAUGAAGAGAGACAGGAGGAUAAUAAUGAUCCACUCCACAAGAUCCGACCACUGGUUACUCAUCUAACCUCAAAACUGACAUCAAUCCCAAUGAGUGAAAAGCUGGCUGUUGAUGAGCAGAUGGUCCCAUUCAAGGGAAGAAACAGACUGAAGCAAUAUCUGCCAUCAAAACCAAAGAAAUGGGGCUACAAGAUUCUGGUCUUGGCUGGCUCUGAUGGUGUCCCGUACAACUUGGAAAUCUACACAGGGAGAGUUGUACAACCCCCUGAGCUAGCAGAUGUGGGAGCAAGUGGCAACGUUGUCCUCCGCCUGGCCCAGCCUAUACCCAAGCAUAAGAACUACAAGGUUUUUUUCGACAACUGGUUUACGAGUGUCCCUCUUGUGCUUACACUGGCUCAGCAGGGAAUUCACUGCACUGGUACUGUUCGUGGCAACAGACUACCAGGUGUCAACUUGAUGUGCGAUGCUGAGCUGAAAAGAGCAGGACGUGGAUCUUUUGAACAGAAGAUGGCCAUGGUGAGAGAAACCACCUUGUAUGCUGUAAAGUGGUACGAUAAUCGCUCAGUGACCCUUCUCAGUGAUUACACUGGAGCCCACCCAGUCACCGAGGUUGACAGGUGGGAUUGCAAGCAAAAGAUGAUCACCAAAGUCCCCUGCCCUGCUGUGGUGAAAGAAUACAACAAGAAUAUGGGUGGGGUGGAUCUUCUUGACUCACUGCUUGCACUGUAUAGGAUCAAAAUCAGAUCAAAGAAGUGGUACCACCGGCUGGUGUUCCACCUUCUGGAUAUGAUCAUCGUGACCACAUGGCUGCUCUACCGAAGAGAUUGUGAAGGUACUGGCAUGAGAAAGAAUGUACAUAUGAAGUUGUAUACCUUCAAAUCCUACAUUGCUGAAGCCCUAUGCAAAAGUGGAAAGAGCCUGGAGCGCAAGAAAGGUCGCCCCUGUUCCACAAUUGCUGGUGAGUAUGAGGAAAAGAGGAGAAAAGGACCCGCUGCUCCAAUUCCACUCUCUGAUGUGCGCCUGGAUGCCACAGCCCACUGGAUGAUUAUGGCUGAAAAGAAGGGGAGAUGCAAGGUACCAGGGUGCACAGGUACACCAAAAGCCAAGUGCCGGAAAUGUGACGUUCACCUCUGUUUUACAUCCACCAGCAACUGCUUUCUGAGGUUUCACACAGAAUAG